AUGUUUAUCACGAUAUUAUUGUUUUUUGCUGUUUGUUUAGUGUUUUUGUACGAUUACAAGCGUAAGCGUAGCGAUCGAUGGAAGAAGUUAUCUGAGUUCCCCGGCGAUACACCUUUACCAUUAUUUGGAAAUGGGUUGCAACUUGGAUUCGAUGCCGACGAAUCCUCACACAAACAAUUGACGCUCUGGGAAAAACAUGGAAAACAGACUUUCCGCUUCUCUGUUGGCUCCGAAGAUUGGGUCUUGUUGACUGACCCUGAUGACAUUGGGGUGUAUUCAUUGAUAAAAUAUAAGUCAUCUCUUAUGGGUAUUGAGAGUAACAAAUUAUUGAAUCCAGAUGACCCUUACUUAGAGGCUAGUGAAAAAGUUAUCAGGAUAAUAACAUAUAAUUUCUUUUCUUAUUGGAGGAAUAUCGACUUUCUUUUUUCAUUGACACCUCAGUAUACUGAAAUGAUGGAAACAAUCAAAACAAUUAAGCAGACAAGUUCUGAAAUUAUUGAAACAAGAAGGGAGAUAUUGACCAAAAUAAUCAAAAAAACCCAAAGUAAUAACAAAAAUGUUGACAUUGAUCUCGAAAAGAUAAUUGAAAAUAAACUAAAUAAUGUUGGAUGCUUAUUGGAUAAGUUAUUACUUAGCAAGUCGGCGGAUGGGAAGCCUACUCCAGAUGACGUUAUUAACGAGGAACUUUCUCUUCUCUGUUUCACAGGUCAUUACACCACGACUAUGACAAUUAGCCACACACUUUACUGUUUAGCGAAAUAUCCAAAAAUACAAGAUCGAGUAUUUGAAGAGCAACAAAGCAUUUUCAACGAAAAUUUACAAAAAAAACCGACAAACAAUGAACUUAAUCAAAUGAAAUACCUAGAAGCCGUGAUCAAAGAGAGUAUCCGCGUUAUUCCAACGGUCACAAAAAUAGGCAGGCAGUUAAAAAAUGAUCUUACACUUAAAGAUGGUCGUGUAGUUCCAGCUGGCAUCUCUGUGAUAAUUUUCUACGAAGCAGCUUUUAAGAAUCCAAAAGUGUUUCCCGAACCAGAAAAAUAUAUACCGGAGCGAUUUUUAAACCCUAUGCACGCGUAUGCUUUUGUACCUUUUAGCGCUGGUCGCAGAAAUUGCAUUGGUUUCCGCUUUGCAUGGGUUGCCAUGAAAGCGACUCUUUCUAACAUUUUACGAAGAUACGAAGUUCUUCCUGGCGAACCUGGUACUGAGCCACAAUUUGUAGGUCGAAUUAUUACAGAAUCAAAAAAUGGCUUACGUGUUAAACUUAAAAAAAGAAUUCUCUAAAGCAAGAAAAGUAAUUUAAUUAAAAAUUCUACGCAUUUACCAAGUACUAUUGAGUAUGUUAUUGGUAAAAUCUCAUUUGCUGAUGUAAAAGCAAGAUUGGGCCGAGAAAUGCGCUAUGUAUCCAAAGAAGCAUACGGAUCAAGAGCUGUUAUGUUGAUUAAAUGUAACGAAAUUUGGACGUUUCAAUUUUACAUUGGUGUAAACUAUUUUCUAGCAGCAAAUAAGAAAGAAGAAAUGAUAAGAAAAUAUUGAUUUAUUCAAACAUAAAUAAAGUAUGAGUGUGUUUAUUUAGAACUUCAGUGAUUUUAGAUUUUAGACUUAAGAUGUAUUUAUGUUUUAUAUUAAAAAGAGUUUAUUUUUUA